UCUGGUGUCUGGGAUGUGGGCAGUGUUUGAAGAGGAGGAAUGCAUCAGACAGUGGGCAAACAUCACUGGUUGCUCAAAAACACACACUUGCAAACACACAUGCAGAUACAGUGACAUACACACACACCCAUACAGGUCUCGAGGGAUUCAUUGGGGAUUUUAAAACAACCUGUCUUCUUUCUGUAGCUGGUGAUCAAACAGGAUCUCUGGUUGUGGCAAUGGCUCUCCUGUUCUGUGGAAUGCUGUUAUUGCUUGGUGGUUCUGAUGCAACUUCAAUCGCAGACAUGGACUAUGGAGGAGUUCCUCUGUGGAUUAACAGGCUGUUGGGUGAGCCCAGUGUACUGAGUCUUCAGGGAAGGAUAGAUCCUGGAUGGUUCCGUGCUAACAACCCCCAGGCCUGCCCUAAGCAGUGUGAUUGUCCCAUUCAUUGGCCCACAUCAGUCUACUGUGACCACAAAGGCCUGGAACACAUCCCUGACGAGCUGCCAGAUAGAACCGAGUACUUGUUUUUACAGGGUAACAAUAUCUCAAGUCUGCCCUCCUCUGUGUUGGCCAAUAUAACUGGACUUCGCUGGCUCAUCCUGGAUAACAACCAGCUGCAGAGCGACAAGCUGGAGCAGGCCUCACUGCAAAACCAGACCAAACUGCACUACUUGUUUGCAAACCAAAACCAUCUGACUUCAGUACCCAGUGCGCUACCAGAUGGACUCAGACAGCUGCGACUAGCACACAACAACAUCACCAGCAUUGGCAAAGGAGCUCUCCAAAACCUGCACAACCUGACACUGCUGCUGCUGCAGGGAAACAGGCUGCAAACCAUCGCCCAGGGAGAUCUUAAAGGUCUGGUCAGUCUGAACCUGUUGGACCUGAGUGGAAAUAGGUUUUCCACUGUCCCCAGGCAUCUGCCUCCCUCUGUCCAGCAGUUGUAUCUGUCAAACAACUCUCUCUCUGGGCUGGAUGAGGACAGCUUUGAUGGCUUUCUCAACCUUAAGUAUUUGCGUCUAAGUCACUGUGGUCUGCAGAGUCGUGGCAUCCACCUGCAUGCUUUUAAUCAUACCAGCCUGGUGGAGCUGGACCUCUCUUACAACAAACUGACCACCAUUCCCAGGGUCCCCACCUCACUGCAGUACCUCUACCUGGAGGCUAAUGAAAUCCAAGAGUUCAACGUGACCAGUUUCUGCAGAGAGGUGGGACUUCUGUCCUACUCCAGAAUGAAGAUUCUACGGCUGGAUGGAAACAAAAUGAGCUACAACCAGCUGCCCCCUGACUGGGUUUACUGCCUGCGAGUGCUGCAGUCAAUUUACGUUUGACUUCACCCUCUGAGCAUUCUUUGAAUGCAAGUACUGUAUGUACCCUUCCCAUCCCACCUGGUGCUGGAAAGUAGAUCAGGACUGAAAACCAAUUGUUUCUGUCAUUGAGCUCAUUAUUUGUGAACUCAAAAAGCUUGACAAUAAACAUUGAAACCUCA